AUGAAUCGAAAUGUUACUGAAGAAACAAUGAAAAGGCGCGAAGCUGAGAGCGGUCCCGGCCCGCCGCUCCCCUCAGCCGCACAAGAUGUCGGCCAGCCGCUAACGGCCGCUACCUGCCGCCAGGCGCCGCCGGCAGCUCGCGCCCCGCCCCGCGCCGCCCCGCCCCCACCUGGGAGCUCAGCCCCUCGCCGGCCAGCGGAGCCGGGCGGGCCCGGCAUCUGCCGCCCGGAGCUGCGGGGGAGCGGAGCGCGCUGCGCGGCGGCCACCGCCGGAGUAGAGAGCAGGGAACUGUCUUUGAAAAAACUUCCUGUUGGAAUGCCUCACAUCAAUGCAGCUGCAGCUCUGCAGCUCUGCGUGCUGCUGUCUGCACUUCCUGCACAAUAUUUCAUAUCCCAGUGGUAUGGAACGGACUCUGCUCAGCGCCUCCAAAUAACAGAAAAGUUGAUAAUUGCAUCUUGGAGCAGCUUUACAAAAUCUUACCUGAGUCUGGAUGCAUGGGCAGAUCGUUUAAAGCUGUGGCUAUCAAAGACAAGGAAUUGGUGCUAUGGAGAAAAGAAAACCAAAGGUGGUGACAAUGAAGCAGAAACCCAUUCUUAUUUUGCAGAAUCAACUCAGGUUCGCAGUCCAAAGCCUGAAUACAUUCAGUUCAGUGUGGGACAGGUAAUAGUUCACAAAAAAUUUGGCUAUUCAGGAGUCAUUGUUGGAUGGGAUGUAAAAGCUAACACUCCAGAAGAAUGGCUACAACGCAAAUAUCCUCCAGCAAAACAGGAUCGAAAAGAUACUCCUCACUAUCGAAUUCUAAUUAACAAAGCAAAUGGAUUUGGCAAAUCUACAGCUUACGUUCCUGAGGAAGAGAUAACAAUUAUUAUGGGAUUAGAGGUGCAUCACCCUGAUAUGAAAGCCUAUUUCAGUGGAUAUGAUGGAUCAAAAUACAUUAUGCAGCCAUGGUUGAAAAAAAUCUAUCCUCAUGACUGAAGUACUGACAUGUUUGUACGUGUAAUGUACAUCUAGACAACAUAUUUCCUUUUUAAACUUGAGCAAAUAGACACCAGGAUAAAACUCAUGUAUAUUUUUUCCUAUGAUGAAAUAAAACAUUCC